AUGUCAAAAUCGGCCAUCGACUGGUCUCACAGCGCCUCAUACUACGCCAGUCCCUAUAUCCGCAUUAUCGGAGAUGCUAGGUGCUUCAUUGAGCCCCCUUUCCCGUCCGGCGUGCAUCUAGCUCUCACCGACGCACUCUCUGUGGCCGUUUCAAUAUGUGCGACGAUCAAUGGCGGCUUUAGCGAGCGCACGGCAGCAAAGUGGUACUCACAGCGAAUUCUUGAGGCUUAUACAUGGUCCCCGGUAGUGGUGACCAGCGCAUACGCACAGAACACGGGAAAGGAGCGUCGGGUGUUGAACGAGCCUGAUGAUGCAAAAUUUGAUCAUGCUUUUAGCUUCUUCCCACCCAUCCAAGGGGUCGCGGAAAUUGGUGGAGGAGAAUUGAGUCGUGAGGACAUGGCUCACUCAGUCGAGUAUUGGUUCCGAGUCAUUCGUAAGGUGGAUGGAACUAUGAGCUUGACUUCAAAUGGAAACGAGCUGCGUGAAGAUAAAUAUGAACAAUUAACGUGCGAUCGCAUGAAGAAGCUGGAGCUCGAGUCGGAUCUGAACAAGUUCCGUGCUGACGUUGGGAAUGAGAUGACCGUCAAGCUUCACCGGGGAGCUCUAGGGCUGAUGAAGGGGGAUUGA